ACAGAGAUAAGUCUAUAAUGGGAAUUAAGACUCAGUCCCACCUCAGCAUUACUGUCCCCUGCAUUGUCCCAUUUGUUUCACGAUAUAUUGAUCAGCUGCUAUGAAGUAUAUAUACCAUGAAGUUUACCAUGAAGACUGCACUUUCUUUGAUGGUUGCUAUCUUUCUGCUCUGCCACUGUCACGCCCUCAAGUGUCACACGUGCGUGGCCUCCAAUGAGGACGAGUGCAACAAGCAGGGCUCCGCCUCCUGCCCACAGUAUGCUGAUGCCUGCUCCACCAUCUCUGGACCCAACACAAUGAUGAAGUCAUGCACUUAUAAGGCAUUUUGUGACAAGGCUCAUGGCAGCAGCUCUGGAGCUAAAAUGGAGUGCUGUUUUGGAGACAACUGUAACGGCCCCCACAAAGGCCACAGCCACGGGGCUCACCGCAACAGUGCAGGGGCCACAGUCUUCAGCCCAGCCCUGCUCAUCGCCAGUGCAAUGUUACACACUGCCUUCUCCCACCUCUGAACUUAUAAAUAGUGCAUUCCCAUUUUAUUCACUGUGACAGCACUGUGGAAAAUACAUUAUAUAAAGUAAUAACAUUUGAACUUCAUAACUAUAGACAGCAAAUGCAAUGACCAUAUCUCACAGUGGUAAAGAUAGUCAGGACUACGAUUGAAAUUAGUUCAAAGAAAGGAAAAAAAAAUAAUAAUAAAAGCAUGCAAAAAACUGAUAUUCUAACUUUUGUGCAGUAUUGCAUAUUUUAAUUUGUUUCACAUAUUAGUGCUAUUAGAUGUUGCUGUGAUGUUCUUUAAACAGAGGAAGUAAUUAAUUAAUUGAUUUAGUAUAAUCACUUUCAAAUGACGUAAAGCCAUCUGUAAACUUGAAAGUGUUUGAGGCAUAACUAUGUUCAUUGUGUAGUCGCUUUGGCUGUGCUUGAGACCUCAUUGUGGUGUGCCUAUGAAUGGUUGCACUGCUUCAACCACCUACGCUUCACAACACGGGGCUACUACUGACCUACAAUGGCAUAGCUGUGAUUAAGGAAGGAAC